CCGGGGGUCACGUGACGGGGCCGGAAGCAGCGCCGGGAAUGGCUCUAGGGGAGGGCGCUGAGGCUGGAGAAGGAGUCUGGAGGCGGGAGCGGCCACUAUGUCUACUCAGCGACUGCGGAAUGAAAGCUACAAUGACUACAGUUCUACAGAGGUGAGCCCCACUGAGUCCCCUUCCAAUGGGCUCUCCGGCUCGAGCUCCUACCAAAGGUUUGGAGAAAACAACGGAACAACAUGGUUCCAAACUUUGAUCCACUUAUUGAAAGGGAAUAUUGGCACUGGUCUCUUGGGACUGCCCCUAGCAGUGAAGAAUGCAGGGAUCUUGAUGGGUCCUCUCAGUCUGUUGGUCAUGGGCAUUGUGGCGGUGCACUGUAUGGGCCUCCUGGUGAAGUGUGCUCAUCACUUCUGCCAGAGACUACACAAACCUUUUGUGGACUAUGGAGAUACGGUGAUGUAUGCGCUGGAAGCUAGUCCAUCCUCUUGUCUUCGGAAUCAUUCCAUAUGGGGAAGGCAUAUUGUGAGCUUCUUCCUGAUUGUCACCCAGCUGGGCUUUUGCUGUGUGUAUUUUGUAUUUCUGGCUGACAACUUUAAACAGGUGGUGGAAGCAGCCAAUAUGACGACCAACAACUGUCAGAGCAAUGAGACAGUGGUGCUGACUCCCACUAUGGACUCACGACUAUACAUUCUCACCUUCCUGCCUUUCAUGGUGCUGCUGGUGUUUGUCCGAAACCUCAAAGCCCUGUCCAUCUUCUCCAUGCUGGGCACAUCAGCAUGUUUUGUCAGCCUCAUCAUGAUCUAUCAGUACAUCGUCCAGGGAAUCCCAGACCCCAGAAACCUGCCCUUGGUAGCAAAUUGGAAGACCUACCCCCUGUUCUUUGGUACAGCCAUAUUUGCAUUUGAAGGCAUUGGAGUGGUGCUGCCCCUGGAAAAUAAAAUGAAGGAGCCCCAGCAUUUCCCAGUCAUCUUGUAUGUGGGGAUGGCCAUUGUUACCCUUCUCUACAUCAGCCUGGGGUGCCUGGGCUACCUUCAGUUUGGAGCAGCCAUACAAGGCAGCAUCACCCUCAACCUGCCCAAUUGCUGGUUGUACCAGUCUGUCAAGCUGCUUUAUUCCAUUGGGAUCUUUUUCACGUAUGCCCUGCAGUUCUAUGUCCCUGCAGAAAUCAUCAUCCCCUUUUUCGUCAGCCGGGUGACAGAGCGUUGGGCAUUGGUGGUAGACUUGUCUAUCCGAGUCGUCAUGGUCUGUCUAACAUGUGUCUUGGCCAUCCUGAUCCCCCGGCUAGACCUGGUCAUCUCCUUGGUGGGCUCUGUGAGCAGCAGUGCCCUGGCGCUGAUCAUCCCUCCGCUCCUGGACAUCAUUACAUAUUCCUCAGAAGGCAUGAGCCCCAUUGUCAUUGCUAAGGACAUCUUGAUCAGCAUUUUUGGCUUUGCCGGAUUUGUGGUGGGCACCUACCAAGCAAUCUAUGAGCUGGUGCAGCCAAGCAUGUCUUCCAUCAUUGCCAAUGUUACUAGUGCCUUUGUACAAUGAACUUUUCACUACAUUCUCUGCGCCAAGCCACCCCACCCAUCCCACCAAAGGGCCAGUGCCCUGGGUAAGGCUGGGGAUGGAGCAGGUUAGGUAGGGGACUGCUCUUACUUGUCAAUCGGGGACUUAUAAACAGGCAGGCCAGUGGAUCAGGUUAGACUGUGGACAAUUCCAAUAGUGAUGGUAAACCCUCCCUGCUCAUUUUACCCCAACAUUUUCCCACCCAUUCCCUCCUCUCCUACCUUUUGUAGCUUUGAUCUUGGUACAGCACAAAUCUCUCCACCUUUCAGUGACUCACCUGGAUAGUUUCUUCUCCUCUGGGCCAGGUCUCCACAAAACAAGGAUCAUGGUCCAUCUGUUUGACUGCUACCCCUCUUUUUCCUCUGAUAUUUUUCUUUUUUCACCUCUGAUUUUCUUGCCUUCUGGACUCUUCCCGGAGGCUGCACCUUAAACUGGUCUCAACGGAGUACUUGAGGUUAGUCUUGAUCCUGGCUCUAGGUUUUCUGGAGCACCUUAGGCAGCACCUUCUCAGAAUCUACCACAUGUGGGGGAUGAAGAUGAGCACAUUCCUCAUUACUUAGCACUUUGAUUUCUACUGUCUGAGUUCAAAACCUUUCUAUUUUAUUUUAAGCUAGGUUUCUGCUCCUGAACUCUCUCUGAGUCUUUAGUUGCUGGGGUCAUCAGACCCAGCUUCUUCUUACCAAACCUCACCCUUGCUCCUCCUAUGAAGGAAUUGGCUUGAUUUAAACACAACCCUAUUGUACAUUUGGUAUAAAGAUGGGGAAAACAGUCUUCUGCUCUCAUAACCAUCUUCUAAGAGAAGAUUAAUGUAUGUGGGACAAGACUUGAGGCCAAAAGAAAAUGGGAUUGAAAAUGUGUCACUGGAAGUAUAGAAACUUAAUUCUAUAAGCCAAGUUCCCCAGUUUCUAUGAGAAUGAAUUGAAAGGUCUAACAGUGUCCUUAUUGACAGCAUGUAUGAGAACCAUGACUACAUCUCAGUCUGGUUCAGUUGGCAGUCUGUGUCCCUAGCUGGGGACACGCAUCCUGUUAAGGUAGACGAGAAGUCAUGGUCAGCAAGCCUCAUCCUGGAGGUUGUGUAGAAAUGAAGCAAUUGAAGAAUUCCUACCAUGUGGGUAAAGUUGUGUUGUGGUACUUGAUGGAUUAAGGAGUUCAGUCAGAGGGCUCUGGGUGGUGCUGUCCUUACUGGCCCCAGCCUUGACUCUCUCCCACACUUCUCAUGAGCCCCAUUAGGGGACAUAUUUACUUGGGGCACUGGUAACACUAUUAGAAGGGUUCCUUUCCUUUUCUCCCUAUGAGGCUUCCCUGUAUGCCAGGGGGAUUGGUUGUUAAGGAUCUGAGGCCGCAUUAGACCACGUUAGCCUAAAUUAUGGUUUUGGAAGCCUCCAAGUCCUGAAGUUGAGAAAGGGCUGAAAUGUUCUCUUGAAGAGAGUGAGUUUCAUUCAUCUAACUUUUUACUGUUUCCUCACCCUUCCUGCUCUAUGCUUGGGAAGUGAGUCAAAAGGGCAUCAAUGACGUCUUUAGCUGCGUGUGUUGGCCCAGAGAGUUUUACCAAAGAUCUAUUCGGUGCCUCUCACACCCCUGCCCUUGCCAUACUCCUCUGCUCUGUUGCCCUGGAAAUGCAGGUUCCUUACAGAGUACAUUACAGAAGGGAAGUUCAUCUCUCCGUCUUUGCUUUACUUUUUUGCCUUCAAGCAGGACUCGGGCUUCUAUGUGAGCAUUUAGUGCUUAGGUCAGUGUGGUGGCUAAGGACAAAAGCUUCAGUCAUGGCCACCCUGUGCCUCUGGAAUCAGCAGGAUGUUGGGGUCCCCCUCCCUUCUUUGUUCCUCCAAAGCCAAGUACAGCUGGAUACCAGGUGAAGGGGCUGAAGAAAGGUUUCUUUUUAAAUGCACAGUCUCUUAAUGGAUAAAAGGCACUUUAAAACUCCAUCAAGAAGGAUUUACAUCGAACAGUCAAACUAAGGACUUAUUCUGGUCCUGUACCUAUCAGAACCAAAUUACAAUUUAUAACUUGAUUCCUGCCAAUGGGAAUUUUGUUUUCCAUCCCAACCUGUUCUGCUGUUGGGGGAUAAUAAAGGGGCUUGAAAAACAAAUGCAAACUGGAAUGAACACAAGGCUACCUCUGCUUCUUUGGGUCUUAAAUUCCAGAAGGGAGUUUAACAGGAUUGUUUUCCUCUGUUGGCCGAGCUUCUGGAAUCCAUUUAGCCACCCUGGUGUUAGCCUUGCAGUCUAUCCAGAAUGGUCCUCGGUCCUUCCUCCCAACUCUUACUCCUUUGGAACUCCUUCUGCAUCAAGGCUGUGAGUCCAGGGCCUAGAAUGCUCCAGACAGAGGCCCAGGACCUUCCAGCUGUGGAGCAGAGGCCAGGUCAUAACGCCAGCUUUCUGAUCAGAGGUCUCAUAAGGGACCAGUGCCUCAGCUUUGCACUUUAUAGAAAUUAACCUAGGGCCUCUGUUCUCUUAGGGCUCCUGGGUCUGCAGCUCAUGGCUGCAGAAGUCCUCUGAGGCCUCUACUGCUUCUAACAAGAGCCCUGCCUGAGCUUGGCCUUCCUGGGAAGCAGUUACAUGAGAGUCCUCAGCUAGAAGACAAGACUUAAAGGGAGAAGGCAGGUCAGAAGAACUGUUUUUCCCCAUUUGUCCUCUGAGUAGAGCAAUCGGAGCCCUAAAGACCCUGUCUUCUAGGGAGUGGCUUUCCACCCACCUCCAUAAUGUUCCUAUCCCUUCUUUGUUUCUUCCUCCCUUGGCACCUCAUUGCUUGGAAAUAUUCCGGGAUUUUUACUGCAAGGGACUCAAUUUCUGUCUGGGUUCUCUGUCUGUUCCCUAGACUGGCUGAGUUGGGCUGAUCUCAGCGAAGGGUACACUGAGGGAACCUCAGAGAAUGCAGGGUUCUCUUCACCCAGCAUUGGAAUUGGGAGUUGGGGUUUCCCAAUCUUCCUUGACAAAGUACAAUCCUACUCAUCUAGGAAGGGGGCAAGGGGAAAUUUCUAAAUCUACUGGGAGUUGCUCUAUCCUGGUACGUUGAGUUCAGGGCCCCUAUUCCUGGUAACAUCUCUCUUCACAAGGGCAUUAUUUUUAUUUAAUACCAUCCAACUGUUGGACUGAUGAGCACUGCUUUAUACGCACAAACCCUGAGAGGAAGUGACUGGUUUUACUUGUGUUAGCCUAGACCCUGUAGCCAAUAGCCUCUCCAUUCUGUGACCCAGUUUCCCUACCCUAGUUAGUAUUGGAUAUGCUGAGUACCUAUUCUUUAAAACUCUAUAAUCCUUCCCUUCAGAAAACCUCCUAGUUUUGUGAAACCCAUAAGGUAGUGAAACCAAGCUGGUAAACUGGGAGAGAUAUCUUUCCUCCCUCUCUCCCACCUCUUUAGAUAUCUAUUAGGCAGAAGGAUGCCUUUUUUUGCCACUACAUUCUCACUUCUGCUUUCAAGUUUAACAGUAAAGUCCCAAACUCAUUGUUUACAUAUUGUAUUCCUUAUUCAGUACUGCAAAUGAAUUGGUAUCCGUGUCUAAUCUGUGUAAUAAGGUCAUAGAGGGUCGGCACUUGGUGCUUCUGGGCAGAACAUUAUGCUACUCACUCUUAGAAGAGCCAUACUUUUCCACUUUCUCUUUAGAGAGGCAUAAAGUAAAAAUGGUCAGAUUGGUGACUACAGAAUUGCCCUAUAUUUCAAAUUUGCAGAAGGGAUCAAAUGACUAUUAUCCAUGAGCACAGAGCGAACAAACAUCAUAGACUACAGCAAAGGCAGGGGGGGAGGAGGGAGCACAAGGGUGUGUUUUGCUUUUGAGUCCUUGGUCAGAAUGGUUUAGGCAGUCGUGGUUCGGUCUAAUGAUAUCAAGUUUCUUCUGAAUCUUUGAACCAUCAAAGUCCCUUAUUGAUUUGGUACCAGAGUCGGGGCCAGAGCCAGAGGCAGAGUGUACACAGUCAGAAAUAAUUGAGUUUUGUUAACAUCAAGAAGUUAAUUAAUUAUCAGAGGGUUAAAUUUGAUGUAUGACAAUUACUGAACUGAAAAACCAACCUAUCAUGUUUACCAUUGUCCAAAUGAGUGAGAGAGUAGAAAGUCAAUCCAGUGUAAGAUUGCCACACAGUAGAUCCAGUAACCAGGAUAUCACUGUAUAAAGCAACCACCAGGAGCUAAUAGCACUGUAAAUGUUUUGUGCCUUGUGUGUCUAUAUUAAGUACCCAUGUGGCUCCUGCAGGAGCUUGUGGGAGAUCUUGUGUUUGAUUCUGCAUGUGGAUAAUGUGUUUUUCCUUGCAAUAAAUGAGGUUUUGUUUCGGUUUUUUUAAUUUUGA